AUGCGGCUUCUCCUCUCUCGCCAUAAGUGUGAAACAAAUCCAUUAUGUACUCCAUGUGUUUUCUUCCAGGACUCCAAGAAAUUCUUCAAAAGGUCCGAUCUCGCUCACAAAGAACAAGAGGAUUACUUUAAAAGAUGUGGAUACAAGGUGCAGCGAGAGAGUCCUGAGAGCCAGAUCGAUAACAAGGAAGAAGAUGAGCCUUCCACCUCGGCUAACCCCGUGUUAGAACUGGAACUAACAGAGGAGAAGCUACCGAUGUCCCUGUCACGACAGGAGGUAAUUAGACGGCUCAGAGAGCGAGGAGAACCUAUCCGACUGUUUGGAGAGUCUGAUUAUGAAGCCUUCCAGAGACUCAGGAAAAUCGAGAUUCUGACCCCUGAAGUAAACAAGGGUUUGAGAAAUGAUCUGAAAGCUGCGAUGGACAAGAUCGACCUGCAGUACCGGAAUGAGAUCGUUGGAGGAACGGAGCCAGGAGAACAGGACACACAACAUGACCUCAAAGUGCACGAAGAAAACACCACAAUAGAAGAACUGGAGGCUCUUGGAAAAACAUUGGGCAGAGGAGAUGACCAUGGAGACCAAGAUCUUAUUGACAAGUUUUUGAGGUUUCUUCUCGGUGUUUGGGCCAAAGAUCUGAAUAGUCGAGAGGACCAUGUGAAGCGAAGCGUUCAGGGCAAACUGGCCAGUGCCACCCACUCACAGACCGAGUCCUACCUGAAACCUCUCUUCAGGAAGCUCAGGAAGAAGAAUUUACCUGCUGACAUCAAAGAAUCAAUCACAGACAUCAUCAAGUUUAUGUUGGAGAGAGAAUAUGUCAAGGCCAAUGAUGCCUAUCUACAGAUGGCCAUUGGAAAUGCUCCCUGGCCCAUCGGUGUGACCAUGGUGGGUAUCCAUGCCCGUACUGGACGAGAAAAGAUCUUCUCCAAGCACGUGGCUCACGUUCUUAACGACGAGACUCAGAGAAAAUACAUCCAGGGAUUGAAGAGGCUCAUGACAAUCUGCCAGAAACACUUCACGACUGAUCCAUCAAAGUGUGUCGAGUACAAUGCCCUUUAACUUCUGACUUCAGCUUCAGUUACAUCUCGGCUCCCGGUCAUGUGUGUGACAUCAUUCAAAAGGAAGUUUUUCACAGCAGAUCUGUUGUGGCUUCUGGACAAAAAUAAGGAGACAGUGCUCGAGGAAAUUUCUCAAAAGCUUUUCCGAGAAGGGACUUAAAUAAAUAUAAACAUGCAUCAUUUUUCAUAGAAUUGAAAUGCAGGAUGACUGUCUGAGAAAACACUUUCAUUAAACAGAAUACCUUAUGAGUACAAUGAACGUUUCACUUACAGCUGGAGAAAAGCUAGCCCUCAAAUCUUAUAGACUAGGCCUUAUGAACUAACUGCUUUAUAUGACAUGCCAUUAAUAGUCACAAGAUCUCAGUCCAUCUUAUUAAAGAAUGUUCUGAUGUGUCCAAACCAUGGCACAUGCAAAGAAAAAAAAAAGGUUUAACUUGGUUCACAACUCUUGCCCAACUAGUAUUGCAUCAAAAGUUAUGGUAGAUUCAUUUUGAAGGUGUGGCAAGCCAAUUUUUAUUUAUAAAUGAAGAUCCAGUUGUGCAAGUUUUAUUACACCUGUGAUGUCACAAUUCUUUUUUGCUCUUUUUUUUUUUACGCUUCGAUUUCCAUGUUUUAAGCUCUCCUGUUUUCACCGAUUACUGAACACAAUCAGUGCAUCUGUGUACUUUUCUUGUAAGAAAAUAAAGUUUUAUUCUACCAGCUGCUGCAAUCGUGCUGAAAAAGCUUA